AUGCCCGUACCAGUUGAAUCAUGCAACGACAUAACUCCCCCGAUCGUACCAGGUGCCAUAAUCAGAUCCGUCAAAAGUCGAAUCUACCGCGACCACUCCGUCCAUGCAUUUCCUCCAACAUUACUUCAAAAUGUCACGCAUCUAAACAUCUGUGAAGUAAAUGUCACUCUAUCCCAUUGGAAUGAAGACGAUACCGUUCUUGUGCAGACGUGGCUGCCUCUUGGCAACUGGAAUUCCCGUUAUCUCGCUGUUGGAGGCGGUGCUUGGGCAGCUGGGCUUGGUCAAUUUGAUCUUGCUCUCCCUGCUUCUCAAGGCUACGCUGUCUCUUCCACAAACGCUGGACUCAGCGGGAACCCAAUUGACCCGUCAGAUUGGGCCUUGAAGCCAGAUGGCACCGUCAAUUAUGGUCUUCUCAAGAACUUUGCUUCACGAUCUGUGCACGAUAUGGCAGUGGUCGGCAAGGCAGUUACAUCUUCUUUCUACAAGGUCCCGGCUAAGAAGGCAUACUUCAAUGGCUGCUCUACUGGGGGCCGUCAAGGUUUGGCGGCAGCACAGCAGUAUCCCAGUGAUUUCGAUGGAAUUCUUGCUGGGGCUCCCGCCAUCUACUGGUCGGAGUAUGUUAUCGCUGAGCUUUGGCCUCAAGCUGUGAUGAAAAACGCGAACUAUUAUCCAUCGACAUGUGAACUGGAUGCAUUUGUAUCAGCAGCAGUGGAAUCGUGCGAUGGAAAAGACGGCGUCACGGAUGGCGUGAUUACAGAGCCAUUCACCUGCAAGUACGACCCUUUCACUCUUGUGGGCCAAAGAACUGAGUGCGGAAAGGAGAGCAUAGUGAUCAGCCAAAUUGCUGCCUCAAUAGUUAGCAAGAUAUGGAGAGGACCAACUGACUCAAGAGGCAAAUCUCUAUGGUAUGGGAUGCCCAAGGGUGCAUCACUUGCUGAAUUGGCUGCUAUGAAGACAGUGAAUGGGACAACCACUGGUGCACCGUUCUUUGUGGCUGAUACAUGGGCACGCAACUUCGUCAAGACAGACCCGAGCUUUGACACAUCACAACUCGAUAUCGCUGGCUUCGAGAAGCUAUUUUCACAGUCCCGGGAUAGGUUUGGUCACAUCAUGGACUCAUCUGACCCCAAUCUCCAACCAUUCAAGAAAGGGGGUGGAAAGGUGAUUAUCUGGCAUGGUCUGAGUGAUCAGUUGAUCUAUCCUCAAGAUAGCGUCCGAUACUUCAGAGAAGUGGAAAGGAACUUCAAAUCCAAGGGGAAAGACGAGGACCUGGGUAACUUUAUUCGCCUGUUUCUUGCCCCUGGGGUUGAUCAUUGUGGGUUUGGCAAAAGCGCUGGUGCUGUACCAACAGAUCCAUUUGGGGCACUGUUGGCUUGGGUUGAAGACGAGAAGCCUCCUCAUACAUUGGAUGCGCAUACGAAAGCAGACGCACUCACCCAGUUCUCACGAAAGAUAUGCCAGUAUCCUGCAGUGGCAAAAUACAAGGGUAGGGGGAACACGAACGACUCCAAGAACUACAUUUGUGCCAUUCCAUAA